AUGGCGCCAAACACCGCGGAAAGCCCUCUGGGGCGGGGUGAGGACGGAGGGAAAGCGGUGCUCGGGAAAGAAGAGCGACGAGGCGAUGCAGAGCUGGAGACGACAGCCGCCCUGCUCGCGGAUGCAUCCCCCUACAGCGUGGGCAACAGCGAAGGCGUCGCUGGUGUCUCCCCGGCGCUCGCCGCCACGCAUGCAGACGAAGAGUCCGCCAAGCAGGACUCCGACGCCGACGCGCCUGCAAAGUCCCCGAGAAGAGACGCCCCUGUCUUCCUCAAGCUCGACGCCUUGGUUGGGGGCACCGAGGGCCUCUCUCUAGGGCCUGCGGGUUUGCUGGAGGCCGCAGACUCGCCUUCGAUUCCCCUGGAGACUGCCGCCGGGGGCGGAGGCCGAGUCCGAUCUGUGGCGCCAGCCACGUCGUCCAUCCGCGUGCCGCCAGUCAUGCCGGUGAGCGCCGAUGGGUUCGCUGCCCACGCUCACCGAGGCAACGUCGUGGCGGCAGUCACGAGAGGCGGCAGCGACGCGUCACAUGCGCAGAAGCUUCGUGAAGGGCCUGCGAAACGGCCCUCGGGGGCCGCCGCCCGGGGGCUCGCCCGGGCAGGGAGCGAAGAGACGGGCCUCCGUGGGGAAGAAGGUCCCUCCAGAGAAGGCGACGGCGCCCAGGCACCGCGACGGGCGAACGUACCUGCGGGCGCCGCCUGCCGCCUCUCGAGCACUGGGUCCGCAGGAGGGAGCGGCGGCGGGGCCGUGUCUUACUUGGAUGAUUUCUACAUGCGACAGCGAACUCGAGCCGAGCACGAGGCGCAGCGGCGCGAAGAGGCUCGACGCGAGAUGGCGACUUGGCAUGGGGCCCCAGCCAGCAAGGAAUUCCAGUGGCUCCAGAGACUUCGCGAGCUGCACGCAGCCGCUUCGCCCGCGCCUGCUGGCGCUGCGCAGGGCUCCGCAGCUGCCGUCGGUUCCUCCGCAGGCCGCGGCGGUGGCCUGCGAGGUGAGGCGAAGCGCGGCGGCGUCAUCGGCCGCCGAGUGCCGGCGGUGGCGCAGAAGAUUGAGUCCGUCACCGAAGAGACCAACUCCCGACUAGUCAAACACCUCGUCAGUCUGUUCCAGGCGCGAGACAGGACAAAGCGUCCCGAAGCGAGGCACGGAGGCGCACAGGAGGGGGUGGGGUGGCAGGGGUCUGCGGCGUACGGCUCGUCGUCGUCCUCUGCGCCGUCCAAGGGUGCCGGCGCCCAGCGGGGGAAGCGAGAGGACGCGCCGAUUUCUUUCUACAGAUACGGCAGAUUCGCUGGCGGCUCGGCGGCGGCACGGCCGACGACGCGGAGAACCUCGAGCGACUCCUCGUCCUACGCGGGCGCGUCGCCGCCGUCGUCCGCGCGGACGCCUCGCCAGCGGCUGCCCAAUGGCAUCCCGGCGCAUGUCGCGCGGCUGCCCUCCGGCGGCGCCGCACUGCCCUACCAGAAACAGUGGACGGCCCCCCCUUCCGGUGCGGCGGUGGCGUAUUUCCCUGCGCCCAUGGGUCGGUGGGUGGCUCGCCGGAGGGGCGCUCCGGUCGUCGGGGCGAGCGGCAGUCCCGCGGGCCCCGGGGGACGCGGCCCAGCGGCGCCCGAGGAGGGGCGCUUGGACCGCAUCAUCACGAGGCAGGCGACGGCGGAGAUCCUACCUCUCCGCUUCCCGUCGAUGACGUGUGGAAACGCGAGGGGGGCCUACAGGGUCUCGGCGUCGAGCCGCUCGGCGGCCGCCCAGAGCCGCCCGCCCAGUCUGAGCCGCGAAGAAGUCCUCGUGAUUCAAGACGCCCUGAUGCGCUACCGGGCGCAGCAGCAGCAGGGUCAACCCCGCUUCCCGCAACUCGGCCUUGGGGUUCUGGGCUUGACCCACGGGCCCGCUGCGCCCGCGGCGGCUGGCACUCGUCAUGCCUUCGCCGUUGCGGGUCUGCCAGUUGCCGGCGCAGCGCCGCAGCAGCCGAGCCCCGGCGGCGCCCAGGAGCUCGCCCAGGCGCCCGCAGGCUCACGCGCCUCCUCGGCUGUCGUGCCCGCUGGGCAUCGGUCGCGAAGCCACGCCAGUGCAAAGGCGCCUGUCGCGUCUGCCAGCGUAGCGCCCCAGUCCGGCGUGGUCGCGCCGCAGGAGGAGGAGAAGCGGCCGGGGAGUCUCUUAGAGAAGCGGGAAGGCGACAAGAGAGGUGAAGCCGGAGGAGGCCAGCAAGAAAUGAAACUCGAGGCCGCAUGUGAUGCGUCUCGUGACGCGCAUCAGGCUUCGAGUCCUACGCCAGAGGCAGCUGCAGAGUACUCAGCGGAGCCCGUGGUCAGUGCAGCAACGGGCCCCCCCGAGGCCUGCGAAAUGGAUGCACCUGCUGCUGGCACAUCCCCCUCGGGCGACGCGUCUCCUCGGGAUCGCCAUCCGCCAGCCGCGAGCAAGUCUGCCACGGAAGGUGGCGCGCCCGCGACAUCGCCUCAGCCGGAGGGAGAUGACACGGCCAAAAGGUACUCCCCUGCUGAGGCCGACAGCCGCGCCGCGGAGGACGCUGAGAGGAGCGAGCCAGAGGGUCCGCCAUGUUCCUCCAAGCCCACUCGCGAACACGUUGGCGGGCUGAGCUCUCUGACGACGACGCCGAACUGCGGAGACUCUCGCGGUCAGUCUGAAGAGAUACCGCCGCAGGACCACAGCAGUGGAGACGCCUCUCGUGUGCCCCAGGGGGGCUCGGCUGAGCCUCCUGCGUCGCGGCAGGGCCUGGAGCCUUCGGCGUCUGGCUCUCUCGGCGAAGGUGAGGCCUCAGAGCCCAGCGAGCCGGAGGAGACAGAGGGCGAACUAGCAGACGCGCACGCUGCGGCCGCCUUUGCCAAGCAUCAGGUGGCGCAGGAGUCCCUCUUGUGUCUCGCCGAUUGCUUCGCGGCGGCGGCUUCAAACGUCGCAGCUCUAGAGCGGGCGACGCGAGCCGAAGCGGGGGAAGACGAGGACAGCGGGCUCGGUGGGGAGGCUCAGGAAAACGCCGAAGGAAGCGCUGAGGGAGGCGAUGGCAAGGCCCCAGAAGGCGACUCGGAGGCGCAGCUGAAGCCGUACGAGCAAAUCAUGCUCAAGUUCCUCCACUACAGGGACUGGUGGGAGGCGCAGGCUCAGAAGGCCGACCAAGGCGAGGCUCGCGCCCUCGAUGACCUGCUGUCUGUCGUGGAUAACGCGGCGGGCGACGGUGCUCAGCAGCCCGGAGAGAGGAGAAGCCGGCUAGAUUUUGAUGAAGAUGCACAGAAGGUACUUGAAAUCGAUGCGCUCUUGGAGGCCAUUCCCGACUUGCGAGGUGACACCUUUAGCUUCGGCGGCCUCGACGCCUUCGACGCCUCCCACCAGGCAGCGGACACGGGGCUCUUCGAUUUCCACUUUGCCGAUGAAGACGGCAUCGUUCUUUUCUCGGAUGACGACUUCGACGACGGGAGGGAAUACAGUAACUUUUCAGAAGAGCGCGAGAGGGGCUUCUCCGGCGAGGCCAAGGCGGCAGGCCACGCCUCUGCUGGCGAUCUGGAAUCCUCGCCGUCUGUGGCGGAUCCCCAGCGGCUCUCAACUCCGCAGCUCGAAGAUGAGGCGUCCCACGCAGAGACCCACUCAGGGCGAGCGCAGGAAGGCAAGGCUGUCCAGGGCAAAGACAUCGCGACGACGAUCCGCGCCUCCGAGCUGCUGCGCGCACAUUACCUCGUGGGGCCUCUCCGCGUGAGCCAGCUGGCGGCGGGAACGAGCGGAAGUCUUGGAAUCGACGAACUGUCGGCGGCCGCCCGCGACAAUGGGGGCGCGAGCAACCAAGUCUGCCAGGCAGAUGACGCGGAAGAGGCACUGCAGUGA